UGAUUGGUGGCAAUGCACAAAGUCGAAAGUGAGUAGAGGAGCCAAUAGAGAAGUGAGAGACAGUGGAUGAAUACAUGAGAGAGAGAGAGAGAGAGAGAGAGAGAGAGAGAGAGAGGUGGGUGCAAAACUUGAAUGCAUGAACGGCAUUCGUGAUUCCUACUCUCCGAUUCGCCAACCUAUGUCAGCCUGUGUGUCAUCUCCCCUGCAGACUUCUCUCGAUAACACCCCCUCUCCCAUCCAUCAUCGCAACACAUCAUGCAUUCGUUCCUGUGCUCCCAUCCUGCUGUCUCGCGGAAGGAAACUCUUAUGGACACGAGCGAUAGAGACGAUGUGCGAGUCGCUGGCCUUUCUCUUCGGUUGAAUUAUGAUGGCAGAGGUGAUCUUUCGGGAGGUGAUCAUCAUCCCCGGCCAAGCGCCGGAUUCAAGCUGGAGAGAUCUUCUUCGACUGCCACGUCCGUCGAGCCCUAUCUCACUCUUGGCCUCCCUGGUGAUGGGUGGGGAUCAGCGAAAGCUCAGGCCGAGGAAGACAAGGCUUGCUCCGCGAGUAGGGUCGUCGGCCGGCCAUCGUCUCCUCAUAGCAUGGUGUCUUCCUUCUCCGGUGGUCAUCUCUCUAGGAUUAAGAGGGAGAGAGAUGCGAGGGUCAGUGAUGAGGAGGAAGACGGCGGUGCAGCCAGGAAGAAGCUCAGGCUCACCAAGGAGCAGUCUGCCCUCUUGGAAGACAGGUUCAGAGAGCAUAGCAGUCUCGAUCCGAAGCAAAAGCAAGCUCUGGCCGGGCAACUGAGCCUUCGUCCUCGGCAAGUAGAAGUAUGGUUCCAGAACAGGAGAGCGAGGACUAAGCUGAAGAAAACCGAGGUCGAGUACGAGCGCCUCAGGAAGUGCUGCGAGACGCUGAGAGACGAGAACAGGCGGCUACAGAAGGAGUUGCAGGAGCUGAAGUCGUUCAAGCUUCUGAGGCCACGAUACAUGCAGCUCCCAGCGACGGCGGUCGCCGGCUUCACGAUGUGUCCGUCCUGCAGCACCGUGGCCGCGGCCAGCGACAGCGACGAGAGUGGAUCUCUUGUGGUGGCACCCAAGCCUCGCUUGUUCAACCCCUUCGCCCACUCGGCAUCACUCUGAGCCGAGAUAUUGUCUUCACCCACAGGCAUAACCCUUCCCUCCUUCCUCGAAGAAACCAAAACAGGCCACGACUCGCUAGAUUUCUCAUGUUAGCUUUUACACAGAUUACAGUGUUGUGAUUAGUUCAUGUACACAGAUAUUGAUGAUGAAGAUUGCCCCAAGUUUAUCUA